AUGUCGACAACCAGGAUUGACGCCAUCUUGGGUCCGGUCCUUCUCAAGACCUCGCCAUGGUCUCUCUUUGACCAAGCAUGGAGUGCGAUUAUGGGUUACCCUGCGGAUGAAUUCCGUUUCACACAAGAGAAAACACCCAUGAGCACUUUCAAGGAAACCGGUACCAUGAUUGCUUUUUAUUACCUUACAAUCUUCACCGGCUACCAGUGGAUGAAAAACCGAGAACCUUUCAAGUUGUCCGCCCUCUUCAAGAUUCACAACUUAAUAUUGACUGUCGUGAGCGGGGCGUUACUUGUUCUCUUUCUUGAACAGCUUAUUCCUUCACUUUGGAACAACGGCCUUUACAAGUGUAUCUGCAGUACCCCCGGUUGGACUGACAAAUUGGUUGUCCUCUAUUACUUGAACUACCUCACCAAAUACGUCGAGCUGCUGGACACUGUAUUUCUUGUGCUGAAGAAGAAACCACUCACUUUCCUACAUACAUAUCACCAUGGAGCCACAGCCUUUCUCUGCUGGACGCAACUGGUUGGACGAACCCCUGUAUCCUGGGUCCCCAUCACGCUAAACUUGACCGUCCAUGUUGUUAUGUACUGGUACUACUUCCAGAGCGCUCGUGGUAUUCGUGUAGGCUGGAAGGAGUGGAUCACUCGUCUUCAGAUUAUCCAAUUCGUCCUCGAUCUUGGCUUCGUUUACUUUGCUACAUGGGACUUCUAUGCCGACGAGUGGGGUCUUGAUGGUCUGCAUGUUGGACGCUGUGAGGGCGAAUUAGUCGCAGCGGUUACUGGCUGUCUUACCCUCAGCUCAUACCUCCUUCUCUUCAUCUCCUUCUACAUUGCAACCUAUCGGAAACCCAGCGCUCGUGGCCGCAAAGCAGUUCCAUUCAAGAAAGAUCAAGCUGUCACCGCAACCGGACGCGCCGCAGAAACCUUGAAAUCAGCCCGUAGCCGAUUUGGAACCGCUACUAUGGAUUCUGUUCAAUCUAGCAAGGGCCAAUGGGCUGUCUCCCGUGAUUGA